AUGGCGCCUACCAAAGGAUCGUCAAAAGGCCCCUCUAAGGGCUCUUCUUCCAAGGGUUCUUCAUCUGGUGGCUCCAAAGGCUCUAAAGGCUCUAAGCCUCUCUCAUCUUCUUCGCGUGUGAGCAAAUCUAAGAACGUCAAGCGUCCCCCGCCGAAAGAAGUCAAGUCUAAGGCGCGCACCGCUCCCGAGAACCUACAAAAGAAGAAGAAGCGGGUGUAUACCGAGGCAGAGUUGAAUUUGCCCAAGUUGAAUACGAUUACACCCGUUGGAGUUGUGAAGCCCAAGGGCAAGAAGAAGGGAAAGACUUUCGUCGAUGAUCAGGAGGGUAUGAUGACCAUCCUUGCUAUGGUCAAUGCCGAAAAGGAAGGCCAGAUUGAGUCCAAGAUGAUGAAGGCACGUCAACUAGAGGAGAUUCGAGAUGCCAGAAAGAAGGAAAUGGAAGCACGAGCUUCAGAGAAGAAGUCUAAGCUUGAAGCAGUCAAGGAUGGUCUUCGAGGUAAGAAGAAGGGCAAGAACGGCGCUGACAAGCCGGCCUCAUCUUCGUCAUCCAGCUCCAAAUCAUCGAAGCCCAAGCGGAAAAGUGUUUCAUUUGCUUAA